AUGCUGGAACGGGCUGCCGGAUGCCUUGAGAACGCAGGUCGGCGUUUCUUCCGGGAUUCCAAGGGGGCACUUCGGGGUCGGAGAUCGUGGUAUCCUCAUUUCAGGCAGAGAAAUGGGACAACUGCGGACGCUGUCAAUCGGUCACAUUCGCCCGAUAAAACAUCAGACCACCAGGAUUCGAUAACCUCUGUCACUUCGAAGGCGAGUCAAGCAAAUACCGAUACAUGGACCCCGGUUCUCGAUUUUCUGUAUCCUCCACGUACCCAGGAAUUUGCUGCAUCGCUCUUGUUACGCUCGCCCCGGAGACUUGCCCUGCGACGGAAGAAGAAGCCGAUACCUGCUCUCACCAGGGCUUACACAUCGGAGGCUGCGAGUCUCUACGAGCCUGUCGAUCUAGAUAAACCAGUGGUGGAUAUUUUUGACAGGAGGGUGAAUGAAUUUGAUCGCAGACGAGCCAAACAAGAGCUUCUGUCACUUCUCAAUGACACCAAAGGAGGAAACUAUGACAAGGCGUGGGGGCUCUAUGUGAGAGCUGACCAACCCAUCGAUGCGAAUGCGGCGUUGUUGGCGCGCUUGAGUAGCUCAUCAGAGCUCCUCGACCAUCGACGGGCUCAGAGGUUAUACGAGGAAAUCUCUGCUGAUGAUCGUUCCGCCGACGACUAUCUGUACAUGGCAAAGUCUUACUUGGCUGUUGGACAGCCUAAUGAGAUGAGCAGAGUUUAUGGAGACGCGAAAAGCAGAGGCCGAGGUAUUCCUUGUUGGGCCCUCGCUUUUUCGCAUUUUGUCAAUAAAACACAAUGGGACUCUGCCGAGGAAUUUUGGAAUUCGCGGCCGCCAUCCUCGGAGAAGGUGCUGCUGAGUGCGGUCGCUUCUCAGCUGGAUGGCUCUAGCCUUCCGAUGAAACUUCUCGAUCUCGCCGGAGUAUUGCAGAGUCGGAAGACCUCGAGGUCUUGGAGUGGUCUUGUCCGGUUUCUGCUGGACUAUGCUUUUUCAAAUCCCCAAGUCGCAGUGGUAUCAACAGAUAAUAUCCUUCUUCUAUUAAGGGAGUAUAAUCUCCUGGGGUUUCUCACGGCGGAACACUAUUUCGGUCUCAUUCGGACCCUCCAGUCCUCCGACGUUCGUUCUACAUUCACGAAGUCCAUUGUGGUGUACCGUAACCUUCGCUGGCAGAUGGAACAGGAGGUGCCUCCAGCAGAUCUUCUGGGUGGCUUUUUGCGGACUUUGGCCCAUUUCGACAUCACAACUGGAGUACAUUAUUUCCUGGAGGAAUAUACCCAUUUCUACGGCCAGCCAUCCAUUGACGCGUACAAAAACGCGCUCAUUGUGUUUUCAAGAGCCGGGGAUGUGGAAAAUACCGACAGCGUCUUUGAACAGCUUGUGAUACAUCACGGGAAGCCCUUGAGUCGAAGGCUUCUGACCCCGCUCCUCUACGUCCAUGCGCGGGUUGGAGAUGUAAUGGCGACGCGUCGCCAGUUCGAGAGAAUAUCGAAAGAAUUCGGUCUGAAGCAGAACACUGUAUGUUGGAACAUCCUCCUCACUGCGUAUGCCAAUGCAGAUGACUUCGGAGGAGCCUUCGCUACCUUUGACAAAAUGCUGGAGGAGGGUGUCCAGCCUAACUCUCAUACUUUCGGAACGCUGAUGGGACUCUGUGCAAACAGAGGUGAUAUUGACACUGUCCGUGAGUUGCUCGCAUUAGCGAAGAAAAGCCCUGUGCGGAUCACUGCGCCAUUGCUGGAUACAAUCGUUGAAGCCUAUUGUAACAAUCAGGAGCUUGAAAUGGCUGAGAGUGUUGCUGAGACCUGCCUUGGUCUAAAUGUCAAAGGGUCUCGAGUGAGGAUGUGGAACGUGCUGCUUUGGAAUCAUGCAUUUCGCAUGGACUUGGAGUCUAUCUCAAGAAUACGUUCCCGCAUGGAUUCGGCUGGAGUACAACCUGACUCCAUGACAUAUGCGGCUCUCAUGCUCAGCUUGGUGCUCAUAGGGCAGACCGAUUCCGCGCGCCGAAUUCUAAGAACACUUCAUCGGAGCAAUCGCAUGUACGCCACAGAAUUUCACUAUGCUAUCAUCUUGUAUGGCUAUGUGAAAGAUCGGAAUCGAGACAUGGUGCACAUCAUUUUUCGCGAGAUCAAAGAACGUUUCAACCGUCCUGGAUUCAGUUCGCGGCUUCUCGUUCUCAAAAGCCAGCUCCAACGUGAUUUGGAACUUAUCAAAACCGGUGGGCGGGCAGUAAGUGGUGCCGGUGUUCGGUUAGAGAACGCGGAAAGAUUCCUUGCCGAGACAAUCGCCGAUUUCGACAGAACCAACAUGGCGUCAAAACAACCGUUGCCCGGCGCGGGGAGACUACCCAUCACCCAAGCCUUCCCCGCUAUGUACUAUGAAUAUCUCAUCACAGCAUAUGGCACCCGGGGAGUUUCUGAGAGGGUCGGAGAGCUCUUCGAUCAAUUUCUCAGCAGCAGGCAAUCUCCCGUUGAUGCACGGCACGCCUAUGAUGUGGCGCCUCUCCGUCUCGUUUCUGCACUGAUGCUUGCUCAUUUGAAAGCAGAGCAAUAUAAGAAGGUUGAAGAAUGUUGGAAAAUCACGUUUCCCCGUGUCAUCAAGAUGGCCACUCAGCCUGACCUUGAUGAAUGUCUGUCUGAUCGCUUGCCACGUGCUGAAGAGACUGAGCGACCCCGUUAUCCAAUACCAACCCCUGCCAACUCUCACAAGGAAGUGCUCCUAAGGUUGGACAAGCCGGGCGUACUUGCUUUAACGCAGCCAUCAAUCUUGCCGGCAUGUCGAUUUCUGCUGUCGCGACCCCUCUCCCUGUACAUGCGAUCAUUGGCAUAUCGGAAUGAGACCUGGAGGAUACCUCAAGUCGUAGCAGAGGUACAGAAAGCAGGGUUUUCUCUGACAACUUUCAACUGGUCUACAUUCGUGCAGAUGCUGGCCUCUUCUGACAAGCCUUCUGAUCAGGUUGAGGCGUUCACUGUCUUUGAGCGCAAGUUCAUGCCUAAUUUUCCUGGAUGGAAUAAUCUUCGCCGGGGUUAUGGAGUGAAACCGCCUGGCGUGCCUUCAACCAUUGAUGUCAUGGAGAACCCGAGACGUGCGAAACCUCCUAACAUGCUCGGCAAAGAAUCCCGACGCUACUGGAGCAAAAUCCAGCCUGACUUCAUGCAACCUACAUAUAUCUCGAUGGUCUAUCUGGCGUCCGCCUUACAUGCCUUCCGGGAAAGGAGUAUUUUUGACGGAGGAUUAGAGGUGGGGACUCUCUACAAAGUUGCGCCUAAAACUAUUGCAGCCAUUGCGGACAUGCCAUACCUUCGUGAGAAGUUCCAAGGAGUGUUACUUCGGCGUCGUCAGGAGCAAGGUGACAGGAAGGGAGACUCUGGAGACCGUGAUCCUUUUGUGUGGACUGGCGGUAUCCUUGGUGUUGGUGGCAAACCAAGGUCUCCAACAGCGGUUGAGCAGUCAGCGAUGGAAGCGAACAAAGAGGAAAAUGCUUCAGCCAGCGCGCGGUCCCAGCCAGGUGUGAUCCACGAAGAAGCACCCGGCGGCACAAACGCUCCUGGUGUCAAGACGGAAUCUCUUCCUGAAGACGUGUCCAUACAUGGCACCAAGAGCAUCGACCCCCAGGACCAGUUCGAUAUCGAGGCAGAGGCGCUCCUUGGAUCCAGACGCGCUGUGCUAGAAGCGAACGAAGAAUUGCUGGACAAUGAACACCGCGUUACAAUCGAUGAACGCGAUGAAACGGAUAUGUCUCCCUUGAUGGACGAUUUGCCAUACCCAGACGAAGAUACGCCAGAAGCUGCAGACGGGAGAGAAGAAGAAAAACCGCCUACUGGGCAUCAAGGCCAGCCAGAGCACGAGCUACACAACAGUGGUAUGGAGCAGGAUGUAUAG